UUGCAGGCAGCAGUUGGUUGCAGGAGGAAUUUGUCCUUUGGUGAGCCAUAAAUGAUGUGUCGGUGGAGCUGAAGCAAUCGCAGCAGAAUGGCAAACAACGACAACAGUUUCGGUGCUCCCUUUGAGUUUCAAGAUUUCAUCCACACAACCCCGCAGACGAAUGUGGCCGAGCUGGACGUGGUGACCUCCGUGAAGGAAAAGUCUGCAGGCUCGUCAAACGCCUUCGAAGAUGCUGGACCAGCCGGCGGAGAAACCGGGAAAGACGCGCCCGAGACCGCGGGAGGUUCUUUCUGGACCUUUGACUACUACAAAAAGUUCUUCGACGUCAACACGCAGCAGGUAUCGGACAGAAUCGUCUACUCCAUGGUGCCACGUUCAGGGCAGAACUACCUCGAGACCUACAUCAGGCCAAAAGCCGAUUUAUACGGGCCUUUUUGGAUAAGCGUCACUCUGGUCUUCACAAUUGCCGUCAGCAGGAAUAUGGUCUCGUAUCUUCAGUUUGUCGAUGACAAAGACCACCACUGGAAGUACCAAUUUCAUACAGUAUCAUACGCUGCGACUGCGAUAUUCCUGUACGCGUGGCUGCUGCCACUGAUUGUGUGGGCGUGCAUGUGGUGGCAAGGAGGCCAGAGCAGGCUCAGCGUCCUCGACAUCCUCUGCAUUUACGGCUACUCCCUGGCCAUCUUCAUUCCCACCUCUACUUUGUGGAUAAUCCAGAUCGGCUGGGUGCAGUGGACGCUUUUGUUGGUCGCGGUUGGCCUGUCCGGGACGGUGCUGCUGUCCAGCAUCUGGCCGGCCGCGCAGGACGCCAGCAGGGCCAUCGCAGUUCCUCUAGCAGUCGUCGUUCUGGGGCUGCAUGUGGUUAUGGCGGCUUGCUUCAUGAUUUUCUUCUUCAAUGCCACAAGUAGCGACUUUUCUCCUACGUCACCUCCUCUGUCGACAACAGUGCAUGAAGCUAUCGGCUCUACCGCGGCUUCAAAAAUCUGAUUUCCUGUUUGUUGUGCUUAAAAGAGUAAUUAUUAUUUCAUUCCAUUCGGUUGCGUGGAAUCAGUUAUGUGAUUUUGAUGUGUACAUAUACAAAUAAAAAUUCGUGAAAAUUGUA